AUGGACAUUUUUCAUGAACAUGUGGUAGCAGAUUUUGUCUCUCAGGCACAAUGGAAUAGGUGGCUCCUUAAUCAGGUUCUUGGGCCUGAGUUGGUUCGGCAAGUGGUGAAGGUCCCUCCUCCAUCCGCUCGUAGUUCUGAUAGGAUGGUGUGGGCUUUGACGCAGGACGGCUCGUUAACGGUCUCUUCGGCUUACUCGCUUGUUUCGCAGGCUUCUAAUUAUUUGGGGUACAGGGUCCGUCUAAGUGUCAUUGUUGUUCUGAACCGGCAGAGGAGGAGGUUAAUCACAUUUUUUACAAGGGAUUUGAAUAAGGCAGUUUGGAGUAGAUUUGAGGUUGGCCUAGGAGAUUGGACAAUGGUUUCCAUGCUGAGACACAUGGUGUUACGGUGGUGGUUGCGCAAAGGGCACAACGUGUACCUCAAGUUUGUUUAUCAUAUGUUACCUAUGCUUGUUUGCUGGGAGUUAUGGAAGGUGAGAAACAAGGGAAUUUUUUAUGGAAGGAAGGUGGGGUGGACGGAGGUGGCAGACCAGGUAUUUCAACAGCUGUGUGAUUUACUUCAUUGUAGUUUUCCGGAGAUAGCAUGUUGUUUUGUCUCUUGGGAUGUUCUUCACGCUUCAUUGGUUGGUCUGAAAAGAAGGGUUUCCAUUUUGCCGAUCUCAUGGUCGGUUCCUAGGACAGGAUUUAAGUUGAAUUCGGAUGGCUGUGCUAGGGGGAACCCGAGUGUGAGUGGGGGUGGGGGAGUUGUGCGUGAUUGGGAAGGAAGAUUCAUCGUCGGUUAUUCCUGUUUUUUUGGGUCCUUGACCAGUUUACACGCGGAGCUCAAGGCCAUGCUCUUUGGGGUGCGGCUAUGUGUUGCUCGAGGCUUCCAAGAGUUGCAUGUCGAGUCCGACUCAUUUGUCUUGGUGCAGAUAUUGCAAGGGACACAUGGUUGCCCUUGGAGGCUGCAACGGGUGGUGGAUGAAUUGCUCAGUGUCAAGCAGCAUUUCCAUGAGAUAACCCAUUGUUGUAAAGAGGCGAACAAGUCCGCUGAUUAUCUAGCUAACUUGGGUGCAAAUACGGAGCAAGAUGGUGUUUUUGAUGACUUUCGUGCUUUGCCGGUUACUGUCCGUGGGGAGAUUACCAUGGAUAGGUUAGGUUUCCCUAAUUUUCGUAGAAAGCUGCUUUAG